AACCCCCAGCAUAAAUCUAAUCUGAUUCGCAAUUACCUACUAAAAUUCCAACUUAUAUUAUUUCUUUGAACGAAAACCACUCGCCCUAUAAUGAAUGUGAACUUUCAGUUUAAGAAGGAUCAUUCAUUUGAAAAGCGGCGAGCUGAGGGCGACAAGAUACGCCGAAAGUAUCCAGACCGCGUGCCCGUUAUCGUGGAGAAGGCGCCGAAGACACGUCAUGCCGCCUUGGACAAGAAGAAGUAUUUGGUGCCCAAUGAUCUGACAGUGGGGCAAUUCUAUUUUCUAAUACGCAAACGCAUUAAUCUUCGCCCAGAUGAUGCCCUAUUCUUCUUCGUCAACAAUGUCAUACCACCCACAUCUGCCUCCAUGGGCCUGCUGUACCAUGAGCACCGUGAUAAAGACUUUUUCUUGUACAUGGCUUACUCUGAUGAGAAUGUCUACGGCCAGGAGCAGCUAUAGAUGCACUUCAUCCAUACUCAAACGUUAUCUGGUUUAUUAACACAAAU